GGUGCGAGCGAGAUGGGGCGGAGGGCCGGUCUGUCUGAGUAGAGGCGCAAAUACGUGAAGCUGAACGUGGGCGGCUCGCUGCACUACACCACGCUGCGCACCCUCACGGGACAGGACACCAUGCUGAAGGCCAUGUUCAGCGGCCGCGUGGAGGUGCUGACCGAUGCCGGAGGUUGGGUGCUGAUUGACCGGAGCGGCCGCCACUUUGGUACAAUCCUCAAUUACCUGCGGGAUGGGUCUGUGCCACUGCCGGAGAGUACCAGAGAACUGGGGGAGCUACUGGGCGAAGCACGCUACUACCUGGUGCAGGGCCUGAUUGAGGACUGCCAGCUGGCACUGCAGCAAAAAAGGGAGACGCUGUCCCCGCUGUGCCUCAUCCCCACGGUGACAUCUCCCCGGGAGGAGCAGCAGCUCCUGGCCAGCACCUCCAAGCCCGUGGUGAAGCUCCUGCACAACCGCAGUAACAACAAGUACUCCUACACCAGCACUUCAGAUGACAACCUACUUAAGAACAUCGAGCUGUUUGACAAGCUGGCCCUGCGCUUCCACGGGCGGCUGCUCUUCCUCAAGGAUGUCCUGGGGGACGAGAUCUGCUGCUGGUCUUUCUACGGGCAGGGCCGCAAAAUCGCCGAGGUGUGCUGUACCUCCAUUGUCUAUGCUACGGAGAAGAAGCAGACCAAGGUGGAAUUUCCAGAAGCCCGGAUCUUUGAGGAGACCCUGAACAUCCUGAUCUACGAGACUCCCCGGGGCCCAGACCCAGCCCUCCUGGAGGCCACAGGGGGAGCAGCUGGAGCUGGUGGGGCUGGCCGCGGGGAGGAUGAAGAGAACCGAGAGCACCGUGUCCGGAGGAUCCAUGUCCGGCGGCACAUCACUCACGAUGAGCGUCCUCAUGGCCAACAAAUUGUCUUCAAGGACUGACCUCUGACCCUCCCCCUGCCUUCCUCUUGCCUUGGGGCCCAGUCCCUCUCUCUUUCCCUCCCCUUCCCAGACCUUUGCCCCGGCUCUGCUGGCCAAGUCGUGGGUCCUCCUCUGUCCCUUCAUUGCAUGGCACAGCUCACUUUGGCCCUUCUCCAUCCAUCCCGACCCCAUUGCUAACAACAUGGUACAUUCCGGCCCCGCCACUCAGAGCCUUCCGAGGCCAACACUUGUCCCUAUCCUGGCCCUGCGUCCUUCCCUCUCCAGCUGGUUAAGAGGGAUUUAGAAUUCCCUUUCUCUUUUUUCAGUGCAUCGUCCAUGCCAAAGUGUGCGGCCCUUCCUAACAUCACCGCAGUCUGAGCCGCCUCCCACAUCGUGCAGGGUAGUCCGCACCCUCCUCCCCACCAUCCUCCCUACCUCCUUAACUUUGUACUAGACUGGCCUGGGCCUGCCCAGCUCAGCGUUCUCAGUCCGUUUCAUAUUAUUUAUUAUUUUAAUUUUCUAUUAAAUUAUUGAAAUGAGUUGAGGAACUG